GUUACUCAGCUUUUCGUCUCUUCUGGAAGGUCUGUUGUUGCAGUGCAGUUGCACAAGUUUUCUGCGGAUCUUCUGUUGCUUUGCGUUCCUUUCCCAAUAAAGUGCAUCUAAUUAUAGCAGCUUUAUAGCAGAUUUGAUCUCGCUGAGGCCCUCAGUCAUGUCUUCGCCGGUGGAAAUGACAGAGUUGUAUGAUAAUGCGCUGCUCGGGAUCCUGCAACAUGUUGGAAACAUUCAAAAUUUCCUGCAGGUUUAUUUCGGGUUUCUCUACAGAAAGACGGACUUCUACCGGCUUCUCAGCGGCCCACACGACCGCAUGGGUUUCCCACCGGGCGUAGCGGAAAAAAUGGUGUUCAAGACGUUUAAAUUAUUUGAAAAGCUGUCAGAGCAGGACAGAGAGAGAGCAGUGCCCCAGAGGACAGAUGAGACAAAAUCAGCCCCUCCUGCAGUAGAGGAGCUGGAGGUUCAGUCUGAGCAGGAAGCUGAAGCUCCUGUGGAGGAGAUUAGGAGCACAGAGGAGCCCACACCCGUCACAGCCCCAUCAGAGCCGAGCACAGAGGCUGGUAGAGAGACUCCACACAGCAGUACAGCUGAACCUGCAGGAGAGAGACAGACAGCGGCAGCCACAGCAUCAUCAAACACCGACUCGAGCACAGCUGAAGCGGGGCAGGAAUCCUUUCAGUCCAACCCAGACAGUUACAAUGGUGCCAUCAGGGACAAUUACACUUGGUCGCAGGAUUACACGGAUGUGGAAGUUCGAGUACAUGUCCAGCCGAACAUCGUUAAAGGGAGACAGGUGUCCGUGGAUCUGCAGCCGGGGAGAGUUCGCGUGGCUGCGAACGAGGGAGGGAUGCAGCGAGUCCUGAUGGAAGGCGAAUUCACACACAAAAUUAACACUGAGAAUUCCUUGUGGAGUUUGGAGCCAGGCCGCUGUGUUGUGCUCUCCCUCAGUAAAACCGGGGAAGUCUGGUGGAGCGCUGUUUUGAAAGGUGAGACUGAGAUUGACAUAAACCAGAUCAACCGGGAACGCACUAUGGCAACUGUGGAUGAGGAAGAGCAUGCCGUCCUGGACCGUCUGAGCUUCGAUUACCACCAAAAACUCCAGGGGAAGCCACAGAGCCACGAAAUGAAAGUCCAUGAGAUGUUGAAGAAAGGCUGGGAUGCAGAAGGAUCUCCAUUUAAAGGACAAGAGUUUGACCCCUCCAUGUUUAACAUCCCUCCCAGCGCUGUCCAGUUUUGAGAUUAAACCACAAUGUCAGAUGCAAGCACUUACUGUAACUCACUCAUGCAAAUACACACUGAAAUACACAGUGCUGGUGGCAGUUUCUUGCGGUGCUUCAAAACGAACAACAUCAACAGUGUGUCUGACACCCUCAUGCCAAACUGAUUAGCUGACACUUUGAUCAUUGAAUCAAUUAUUUUGGAAUUUGAGCCAUUGAUCCUUCAUGAUUUUUAUGAAAUCAGUUUUCAAAUGAGAUUUCAUUGGCUGUGUUCAGUGAUAAUUACAUUUGUCCGGUUUCUGAUAAGAGGUUCAGAGCUUCUUAUUUGUCUGUUGUUUGUAAUGGGACAGUUCACCCAAAAUUUUGAAUUCUGUCAUUAUUUACUCACCAUUGUUUUUUAUGACUUUCUUCCUUCCAUCAAACACAAAAGAAGAAAUUAGUCACAGUGACAAUCUCAAGUCAAUAUUCGCUUUAUUUGUAUGGAAAAAAAUAUGCAACAAAAUGGAUGGUGACUGAGGAUAACAUGCUGCCUAGCAUCUCCUUUUGUGUUCCACAAAAAAAGAACGACAUGAGGAUGAGUAAAUGAACAGACAGAGUUUUAAUUGUAUGUUGAACUAUCCAUUUAUGAUUUUAGUUAUGAUCUGCAAGUGAACAACACAAUAAUAAA